UGGCUCCGUAAGCCAUUUUGGCUCAAGAGCUCGCGCAGAGUGCAAACUGCUCCUCUUCGCAGCGUGAAGCAUUCGGUUCAGCAGGCGCGAAGCCUGAGACCAUGAUCUACAUCGCCCAGGGCAUCAGUGGGCUCUGCAAGCUCCCUUGCACCCUCUGCAAGGGUUGCUGCGACAUCUUCAAGAACUGCUGCGCGGCCAUUGGUGAAUUCUGGGAGCCCGUCAUCAACAACCCCCUUGGGAACUACGUCAUGGGCACCUGGGUCGGCAUGAUCAUCGCGGGCGCGGCAGCAAUCUGGGCCGUGGGAAUACUCGGUGACUGCACAGAUGACACCGAGAAGAAUCAGCUGAUGGGUUUCUGCCUCGUGGACAUCAUCUUCGCCGUUAUUCAUUCUGGUAUGGCGUACUACAUGCAGAGGCAGAUCAUCAAAGGCCUCGGCGGCAAGGACUUCAAGGAGAUGUCCGCCAAGGAGAUCCAGGAGCAGGCUGGCCAGAUCCUGCUCUACGACGUGCCGGUGUGCCUGUACUCCUUCUUGGCCUGUGCCGCGUUCGGGGUCAACUGCUGGGGCCUCACCCUCCCCACCUGCGCCGGGGUCAGCAACCAGCCGCACACGGGCCCGGCGGCGGUGAUGCUCGUCUGGGGCCUUCUCGCCGGCGGCUACCUCUUCUGCUGGUACUGCUGCCAGUGCUGCCAGGGCACCGUCGCCAAGGGCAAGGGGGGCAAGGGCCCCAGCGCCCCUCCGCCCGAGGCCGUCGGGGCCAGCGCCUGAGGCGGCGAGCGGGCGCUCGGCCGCGGGCCGCUCGCCAGGGGCGACGGCGGGCAUGCGGUCGAGGCACCCCUGCGAGCCUUCUCUCAGUGCCGUCUGGGCCAGGGUGGCAUGCUUGCAACGCAUUGACGCUCUCGUGCGGAGCGCAUCCAAGGACCAGCGCACUCAAGUUUGAAAGGCUCAAGAACUCGUUGUUCGAGUAGACUGGCGUCCGAACAUCUUCAGAGGCAGGGUCGAGUUUGCGUAGCUCCAAACGUGAGCUGGACCGCACACUCACCAGUGAUGUUUUCGAGUAGGUGGCCUUAUCUGCGCAUGCACCCCGACAGGAGAAACCUCUUUAGGCCGUGCGUGGCUUCGUCUUUGCGCCUGCUCUCGUAGCGCUCUCUGGAGGCAGAAACAAAAGAUGGCUGGGGGGAUGGCAG